UAAACACCAUGGUAAUAGCCUUGUUAUCAGAUAAGAUUCAAACGACGACUUCCUGGUAGCUGACGAUAAAGCUUUCUGUUCUCUAGAAACAUGAACCUGAACUAGUUCACGUAUGAUCUACUAGAUAUACCUAAGCAUGGAUUCUUCCUGUCUUUAUAUGAUAUUUGGAAUUCUGGUAUUUAGCUGCUAUACAUCUUACUUAGCAGCGGUGGAGUUUGAUCACUUUGUUUUAUCUUUCCAAUGGCCAGUUACAUUUUGCAAAAAUCAAAAGUGCAAACAGCCUCUUCUUACUCACUGGACCGUUCAUGGAUUUUGGCCUUCGAAUUCAAAUGGAAGUUUUGUAAAAGAUUGUUCCAAGUCUCCCUUUACCGCUGACAGGAUACCGCAGAGAACUAUGAAUGAAAUGAAAAGGAUAUGGCCAGACCUUCUGAAAAGUACCAGUUCAACAUUUUGGUCGUACCAAUGGCAAAAACAUGGCACGUGUGCUGAUGUAGAAGACACAAGGACAGUGGCGCAGUAUUUUAGCAAGGCCACUGAAUUGGCUCUUCGCUUUAAUAUUUCCACAAUCUUGAAGAAGAGACAAAUUGUGGAAGGAAACAAUUUCCAGAUUCCAGAAAUAGAAGAUAGUUUCAGAAUAGAAACAAAGCAUCGACCUCAUAUCCUUCUUAAAAAUGUAGGACGAAAGCCCUUGUGGUUGUGGGAAGUCCAACUCUGCUUCAGUAAAUCUUUUAGUUUGAUUGAUUGCCAUAGAAGAAAUAAAUACCAAGGUCCUGUGUUGUACCCGAGUCUUACUCCAAGUCCUGCAGGUCACUCGAUAUCACCAGAUAACGGGCAGUGUCGAAGUACAGCACAAACAGCCUGGCUCGCCCUUUUAUUUGUUUUACUUUGCAGUGUUUUGUAAGGAGACACUUUAAUACAAAAAACAAACAAACAAACAAACAAAAAAUAGAUUGCGUUAUUUCAUGAGAGCAAUAUGGUACCUUCAGGUUAUGUAACCUGAUCCUAACUUUGAUAUUUUGGAAGUCCGUGUUUGCUUUGCUCCUUUCUUGUGUUGGUUCAUGGUUUUUUUUUUAGUUUCAAUAUUGUUCUAUAUAUUAUUCUUAAAUUAAAAUGAAGCAUGGUGUAAGUCGAAUUUCCUUAAUGCAUAAACAACAACAAUGCAUAUAAAAAAAAUAUGAUAUUAUAUUAUUACAUCAAUAGAUGUCAUAUUUAUAUUUUUCAGUAUUCCAAACAAUGUCGCUUAUUGUUUUUUUCCUUAUGAAAAAAAAAUUUGGAAUUAAAGUUCACUUUAUUUUUUUUGCCAACUAUUCUUUUGUUGUUUUGCACAAAUAUUCUCUGAUAUGCAUUGCAGUCGUUUAUCAUCAUUUUUGUAACUCUGCAGGGUUAGUUAUUGAGUUGCAGUGCCCCUGCUGACAUAUUUAAUCAAUAAUAUUCCUGUUGAAAAACUUUAUUCCCCUUUAAGACCUCCAUCCUACUUCGAAAGUGACAUUAUUUAAACAGUUGAUGGUAUCUUUAAUUAAAAGCUUAGUGGCACAUGUAUAUAUUGUGUCUGAUAUUAAUAAAAUACAUGUAACCAUUGUUUGUUGCUAAUGGUAAUAUUUUUAAUUGGAACAAAAACUGUUUUGCUUAAUUUUAUCAGAAAGGCAUUUGUUUUGCCCAAUUUAUCAUUGUUGAAUGCUAGAUAUUUUUAAGGUGAAUAAUGCGUGAACAUACUGAACAUUCUCAAAAUUCUUUUGAUUUGCAAACUUUUUUGAUUGCUUUAAGAACAAAUGUUCUUUUGCAAAAUUAUUAUGGUAUACUAGUAACCUAGUUUGGAUCAUUAUAUACUCUUUAUUAUCUGCAAAACGGAUAAUCAAACAGCUUUAACGCAACUAAACCAUGAUGUACUAUAAUAAUUUGGCAAAGCAUUGAAGUCAUUCCCUAUACUUUAAUUUUAGAGUCAUUAAACACGUCUUGGUGAAGAUUAUUAAUAGUUUCAAAAAUCCAGUUCACUUUACAGCUGUAAAAAAAAUGAUGGAAAUUGAGAGGAUCUAUAAAAAGAUAUAGAUAGCAUAGAAUCCAUGUUAAUUUUUAAAGUAUGAUUAGUUCGAUUUAUUGUUUGAAAUCAGGUAUGUAGAUAUUAAAUCUGGAAAUGUUCAAGAAUUAUGUGAACUGGCAAUGAGAAGAUUAAAUAGAUAAAGAUGAUUCAGUUUGUAUUUACGGGAAGUGUUAUCUUAUACCACCCAAAACAAGUUCUUACAGAUCUUGAUUUUGCUAACGACAUUUCCUUAUUAUCAGAUGAAAUCGUCCAAGCACAGGAACUAUUAUCUAGAGGAGAGUUGGGCUAUGUAUGAAUGUCAAGAAGACAAAAGGCCUCCCUUUAAAUACUGACAUCCCUACACCACUCAAAACCUUAGAUGGCACUGAAAUCGAAUGGGUGGAAGUUUGUAAAUAUCUUGGUUCCUAGGUAGAAAGUUCAGAAAAGGACAUAGCUGUUCGAAGAGCACUAGCCUGGCAGGCUCUGAACAAGAUGUCCAGAAUAUGGCGCUGAACAAUGCGUACUGAUCUCAAGUUGCGUUUCUUUUUAGCCACAAUCGAGUCAAUUCUACUAUAUGGCUGUGAGAGAUGGACGCUGACAGUAGCCCAGGAGAAGUCGCUAGACGGAACGUACACACGCAUGCUUCGUAAGGUUCUAGACAUUGACUUGUCAAACCACAUUCCCAACGAGAUCCUAUACGAUAACCUCCCAAAGGUCAGUGAUUAAAUAGCCUCCAGUAGCUUACAGCUAGCUGGGCAUUGCUUCCGUCAUCCAGAGCUCUGCGCCCAAUCAUUGGUACUGUGAAGCCAUAUCACCGUGGAAGAGGUAGACCCAAGGCCACGUUUUUGGACACACUAAAGCGUGACACGAAGACAAGGGAUGCAAAUGAACUAGCUUCCCUUAUGGCCGAUAGGAAGAACUGGCGUGGUCAUGUCUUUGGUCGACUAAGGAUGACCGAAUGAGUGAGUGAGUGAGUUAUCUUAUACCAAACCAAGGAAUAUGGAUACUUGUUUCUUUUGAAUUUUAACUAAUCAGAAGUUAGAAAACAAAUAAAACUGACAUAAUGUUAAUAUUUAUUCAUGAUCACCCUUUAACUACAGUGUACUAGUAUCUUUAAUAUAUGGAAAAUGUAUAUCAACUAAUGAUAGUUUUACAUGAAUGAAAGGGGAAAAAAAUCCUAAUGCACUUUUUAAACCUCUGACUGUCUCUAGAGAUCUGAUUUAUUUAACAAAUUACAUUUUGAAUGAAUAUUUAUUUAAUCAUUUAAAAAAAGCAAGUGAGUGAAUUAUCUUAUACCAAACAAAGGAAUAUGGCUAUUUGUUUCUUUUGGAUUUUAACCAAUCCGAAGUUAGAAAACAAAUAAAACUGAAAUAAUGUAAAUAUUUCUUCAUGAUUACCCUUUAAAUACUAGUAUCUUUAAUAUAUGGAAAAUAUAUAUCAAGUAAUGAUAGUUUUACAUGAAUGAAAGGGAAAAAAAUCCUAAUGCACUUUUUAAACCUCUGACUAUCUCUGAAGAUCUGAUUUAUUUUUAAAAAAAAUCAUUUUGAAUGAUUAUUAAUUGAACUAUCUUAAAACAAAAUUCACCAAUAUGCGAAAAAUGGCAGCAAGAUACAUGCAUCUAAUGGAAGUCUGCUCAGGUAGUAGUGGAGGAUCUUCAUACAUUUUCUUUAUUCAUUCUCUUGUGUUUUAUACAUUUAUAUUAUUGUGCAUAAUUUUAAUAAUAAUGGCUUAGUGAAGUUUG